GCUAUCUGCAACGCCGUUAACCUAAGACACUGUUUAAAACAGUAUUAGAAUUGUAGGUUCUUUGAUUAAAUAAGUUUAAAUGUGCGGCCAACUAUUACAAAUUCAUCUUUUUAAUUACAUGCGCUGCAAAGAGUAAUUUGUUCCGGGCUUUUGUUUCUUGUCCUGGAAGUAAUACAGUGGGGGCGGGUCUAUCGUGGGUUACUGGAUGUACCAAAAGAUAUUUUUGUUUUAACUCUGUAACGGAGUUUUGUGUUUUCUUUGGAAACUGUUAAGCCGCCAGAUGGCUUAAUUGCAUUCGUUCUGCAUGUUUCGCUUUAAGUUGCUACGUAAUGUGCGACUCACCUGAGGAGACUGCCCUUUAAAAGUUAGGGGAUGUUCAGCGUUUCUAGUUUUUUAAAUAGUAUUCGGAGAAGUUUACCUAUUGGGCUCGUGAAAAUGGCUAAAGGCAAAUAUUUCUAUGCUGUGAAGACUGGCAAGGUACCAGGGGUUUACGGUUCCUGGGAGGAAUGCAAGAAACAAGUUGACAAGUUUCCUUCUGCAACAUUUAAGAAGUUUGCUUCAGAAGAGGAAGCAUUGACAUUUGUAGGUAGCAAUGCUUCAGAGCCCACUGCAGAUUCAUUGGAUUUUUUAGAGGAAGUAUUUAAGGAAGACAUGACCAGUGAAAUACCUGUCGAAUGUUCUACUGGAAUGAAGAGGGUUUAUAGCAAACUUUCAGAAGAGGAAGUGCCUUCAGCCAAACGAAAAAAAAACUUGGAAACUACAGCAGUUAGUCCUGCUGAAAUCCCAGUACAAAGAGGCGGUUUUACUUACAUGGGAAAUGCAGUAGUAGUGUACACUGAUGGGUGUUGUUCUUCUAAUGGAUAUAAGAUGGCCAGAGCAGGAAUAGGAGUGUACUGGGGACCAGACCAUCCUAAGAAUGUGGCUGAGAGAUUAACAGGCAGGCAAACUAAUCAAAGAGCUGAAAUACUGGCUGCCUGUCGAGCAAUUGAACAAGCUAAAAGCAUGGAUAUAACAAAAAUUGUGCUCUACACUGAUAGCAUGUUCACAAUUAAUGGUAUUACAAAGUGGAUAAAGAAAUGGAAAACAAAUGGAUGGAAGCUAAAUUCUGGUGGUAGUGUAACAAAUAAAGAUGAUUUUCAGAAGCUUGACAAGGCAACAGAGGGAAUGCAGAUUACUUGGAUUCAUAUUCCUGGUCAUGCAGGCUAUCAAGGUAAUGAGGAAGCAGAUCGACUGGCCAGAGAGGGAGCCACAAAGCCACUGAAUUAAGCAGCCAAGACUGUCCAGUAAACAGACUAAAAUAAGUGGCCAUGUGUAUGUCAGAUUUUUAAUUUAGUUUUUUUUUUUUAA